AUGGCGGCCUCUAAAGAUCGUCGCGAAAUCGUUAUCAUUGGCGGUGGCAUCAUUGGAUGCUGCUCUGCUUAUUUCCUCACAAGACACCCUUCAUACGAUGCCGCCAAACACAAAAUCACACUCCUUGAAGCUUCAGAUAUCGCAGGGGGAGCUUCGGGUAAAGCGGGGGGACUAUUAGCACAAUGGGCCUACCCGAGUAACCUAGUGGACCUUAGCUUUUCCCUUCACCAACAACUUGCCAAGGAGCAUGACGGUAAAAGCAGAUGGGGAUACCGAGAAACCAAUUGUGGUCAAAUAGUCGUCAAAGGCCGCACCCUAUCGGAUAAAAAAGAGAAGGCAUCUGACGAUGGAAACCACGAAUCCCUACAGAAGCGCAGUGCAGCCGCUGUAUCCAAGUUGAAAGCAGCCAGAAUCCCCGAGGACUUGGACUGGAUUGAACCCGGUCUCCUGAGAGCCUAUGAGAGUAUGAGUGGCCCAGGCGAGACUGCCCAGGUUCACCCAUAUCUUUUCACCACAUCGAUGGCGAAGCUAGCCCAAGAAAAAGGCGUGAACGUCAUCCUUGGGCAAGUUACAAACAUCGCGCGUUCUAAAGAUACUGUUGAGUCUGUCUCCUAUACCGACAAAGCGUCUGGUGAAUCGCACACAAUCUCCGCUACAGAUGUGAUUGUUUCGGCCGGUCCAUGGACUCAAACUGUACUACCCGAAGCCCCGAUUGCGGCAAUGCGUGCACACAGUGUUGUUAUCAAACCAACGAGACCUGUCAGUGCAUAUGCGCUAUUCACCAACAUCGAGAUUCCUGCCAACUUCAACCCUGCAAAGAAAUCGCGACCGACUGUCGGUGCGCCAGAGAUAUAUACGCGCCCAGAUGAUACCGUGUAUUGCUGUGGUGAUGGAGACAGAGUUGUGCCAUUACCCCCAACAUCAGCUGAAGUUGAAGUUGACCCUGAACGCUGCCAGGAAAUCAUUGAUCAGGUUGGCAGUAUUUCAGAUGAGCUACGAGAUGGCGAGGUGAGCUUACGCCAGGCCUGCUACUUGCCUAACACUGUUGGUGGUGGAGGCGGACCUUUAGUUGGUCUGACACAAACCAAAGGACUUUAUCUCGCUGCUGGCCAUACCUGCUGGGGUAUCCAGAAUGGUCCUGGUACAGGAAAACUCAUGAGCGAGUUCGUAUUUGAUGGUCAAGCCAAGAGCGCAAAGGUUGCUUCUCUUGAUCCUCGCGACCAGCUUUGA